AUGGUUGACAGAUUGGGCGACACAGUACGUCGCGAUUAUUUGCCUAAUGCUAAUGAUGCGACAAAAUUUCUCAAAGAUUUGACAUUAGGUGCUGGUGCAGCAGUGGUAGCGAAGACAAUUAUAGCUCCCAUUGAACGAGUUAAAUUAAUUCUUCAGCUGCAAAAUGCACAGGAAACUAUUGCAGUUGGGAAGCGUUACAAGGGUAUGCUUGAUUGUUUCACGCGAAUACCAAUCGAACAGGGUUUUCUAUCUUUUUGGCGUGGAAAUUUAGUGAAUAUUGCUCGAGCUUGUUCACAGGAAUCUCUUGGAUUUGCUUUCAAGGAUUUCUUCAAAAUUUGGUUUCUUAAUGGUGUGGAUGUGAAGAAAGAUUACUGGCACCUUACAGCAGGUAAUCUCGGUGCUGGUGCUGCAUCUGGUGUUGCAACAUAUUGCAUAAUCUAUCCAUUAGAUUUCGUAAGAACACGAUUAGCCAUCGAUAUGGGGAAAGGGACAGCUCGAGAAUUCUUAGGUUUUUUUGAUUGCAUGCAUAAGAUAUUCAAGCAUGAUGGAUUGCGUGGAUUGUAUUAUGGUUUUUGGCCGUCACUUCAAUAUAUUUUUCUGUAUCGUGGAGCUUAUUAUGGCCUCUUUGAUACAGCGAAAGCACAAUUGAGUAAAUAUGGCAGUAAUGAUAUCAGUUUCGUUUAUGCUUUCUUGAUUGGUCAGGUAGUUACGUUUACAGCAGCUUUAAUUUCCUAUCCAUUGGAUACGAUACGUAGACGUUUUAUGAUGCAAGCUGGUCGUAGUGAUAUACUUUAUCGAGGAGUAUGGCAUUGUACAACGAAGAUAUGGUACGAAGAAGGUCUCAAGGCUUACUUUAGUGGUCUAUGGGUAAAUACGGUACGUGGUACUGGUGCUGCUCUCGUUUUGGCCUUUUACAAUGAAUUUUCGAAGUAUUUAUGA